UCUCUCUCCCUCCCCCCCCUCCUCUUCUGUGCCCCAAUCUUUCUUCUCUUCUAGGGUUUCGGGCAUUUCAGAGACACCUUUGCUCGUCAAGAAAAGUCUUGAGGCUCAGAAAGGCACCCGGGUUUGGUUCAUUAAUCUCGUAGUUGCUUGCUAUGGGUCCUUGUAUGGAUUUCUUGAACUGGCUUGAACCUGACAUGUCCUUAAAUGUCCUAACUUGUUUGGACGAUCUAUAUGAUCUUGUUCGUGUUAGUUCUGUCUCACGCUCUUGGCGUCAUUUUGUGAUAGAAAAUGGUCUUUGUAAAAAGUUGUGCUUGAGAAUGUUUCCUCAGUUAUCUGGAGUUGCUGGUGUGGUUGAGUUAAACAGCCCUGACGCAGAAGAGGUUGCAGAAGUUGGAUCUAGCAAGUCAAAGGAAUUGGAAACCUUGGAAAGGGAGCAUAGGGUCUAUGCUUUUUUAGCUCGUGGUUUUAUUUCUUUCGAUGUGAGGAGUUCUAUUUCUAAGGCAAUCAGUGCUUCCAGCACCGACAAUUAUCCAGAAGAAAGCAUCCACAAUACUCUAGAACCAAGAGCCAUGGUGGGACAGAGAGCUUCGUAUUGGUCAAGUAAAGGCCAAAGUGACCCUGCAGUGCCUGAGAUUCUGAUAUACAAGUUGGUGUCUGAUUUAGUUGUAAUUAAUGAAAUCAACAUACAUCCUUUCCAAGCUUUUUUCCAGGCAGGUUUACCCAUAUAUUCAGCCAAGGCUGUGCGAUUUCGUAUGGGUCGUGCCAAAUCCCUUGUGGUUGUAGAGUGUGAUUCAAAGGAUGAAUCAUGUCAUGAGAACAAGUUCGUAUGGACCUACACUUCAGAAGUGUUCCCAAUGACUCAGGAGAACCGCCUGCAGACAUUUAAGCUUCCAGAACCAGUUCUUUGCAUAGGUGGAAUUUUGCAGAUUGAGCUUCUGGAUAGAGUACAGAGACAAGAAAUGGAUGGCUUGUUCUAUAUAUGUGUGUCUCAUGUUGAAGUCAAAGGGAAGCCAUUAUCGCCUGCAUUUGGCGUUGAAAUUCAUGAACCAUCUGGGGAGUUUGUGUUGAAGAACGACGUGCAGGCCAAGUUGCACAACCCACAGAACUUGCCCGAGAACGGGUCCAUUGUUAUCUCCACUGUUAAUUUGGAGGAUAUGAGAGGCAUGCAGCCAAUUGUGAAUUGGAAUCUAGUAGGUAUUGAGGAGGAAUACCAAGGGGAGGAAGAGGACGGAUCCGAUGAAGAAUAUUUCCUCUAAUUACAUGUAUCAAGGUGCGGGUUUUUUCUUUGAUCGUUUCUAAACCAUAGCUUCUGUCCUUCCUCUUUGAAUUGGAUAUCUGCGCAUCUGGGGUUAAUUUUCUCGAGUGUAUUAGCCCUCGUAAAGUGAGAGUGAUAAUGUGAUAAACAGUUGCUGUAGAGAUAUAAUUGAGGUGUUAAAAACAGUAAUCCUACUAAAUGCCAGGUAUACCUGCUUGUAU